AUGCGGCAGAUACGCAUGCCGUCAAAAACUACCCCCUCCACCCAUCACCCCCUUCACACACCAUCCCCUCCACACCACACUGCAUGCACCCAUUCCCCCAGUACCCCCUCCACACCCAUUCCCCCAGUACCCCCUCCACACCGCACCCAUUCCCCCACCCCACCACACCACACCCCCUCCACACCGCACCCAUUCCCCCAGUACCCCCUCCACACCACACCCCCUCCACACGCCAUCCCCUCCACACCACACUGCAUGCUCCCAUUCCCCCAGUACCCCCUCCACACCGCACCCAUUCCCCCAGUACCCCCUCCACACCACACCCCCUCCACACCGCACCCAUUCCCCCAGUACCCCAAUCGACACCCCCUCUUCACUGCUCCCAUUCCCCCUCUAAGCUUACCCCCUCCACACCGCUUCUAUUCCCCCUCUACCCCCUCCACACCGCUGCCAUGCCCCCAGUACUCCACUCUUCUACCCCCUCCACACCGCUCCCAUGCCCCCAGUACUCCACUCUUCUACCCCCUCCACACCGCACCCAUGCCCACAGUACCCCACUCUUCCUCCCCCUCCACACCGCACCCAUGCCCCCAGUACCACACUCUUCUACCCCCUCCACACCGCACCCAUGCCCCCAGUACCCCACUCUUCUACCCCCUCCACACCGCUCCCAUGCCCCCAGUACUCCACUCUUCUACCCCCUCCACACCGCACCCAUUCCCCCAGUACCACACUCUUCUACCCCCUCCACACCCCACCAAUGCCCCCAGUACCCCACUCUUCUAUCCCCUCCACACCGCUCCCAUGCCCCCAGUACCCCACUCUUCUAUCCCCUCCACACCGCUCCCAUGCCCCCAGUACCACACUCUUCUACCCCCUCCACACCGCACCCAUGCCCCCAGUGGACACCUGCCCUCAAACCUCACCACCCCGCUCCCCCACCUGCCCUCAAACCUCACCACCCCGCUCCCCCACCUGCCCUCAAACCUCACCACCCCGCUCCCCCACCUGCCCUCAAACCUCACCACCCCGCUCCCCCCACCUGCCCUCAAACCUCACCGCCCUGCUCCCCCCACCUGCCUGAAACCUCACCACCCCGCUCCCCCCACCUGCCUGAAACCUCACCGCCCCGCCCCCCCCCCUGCCCCCCACCCCCGCUCGCCCACCUGCCUCAAACCUCACCACCCCGCCCCCCCACCUGCUCUUGUUAAUGGCCCAUGUACCUGCCUGAUGAAACCACCUGCCCUCAAACCUGCCCUCACCACCACCACCAUACCCAAAGAAGCCCCAGGUCACCCCCUCAACCCCCACCUGCCCUCAAACUUCACCACCUCCACCACACCCAACGAAGCCCCAACUCUCCCCAUCCCCCCACCUGCCCUCUCCACCACCACCCCAGGUCAGCCCCCCAGCUGCCCUCUCCACCACCCCCCCAGGUCAGCCCCCCAGCUGCCCUCUCCACCACCCCCCCAGGUCAUCCCCCCACCUGCCCUCACCACCACCACCCCAGUCUUCCCGCGCUCUAUCUUCCUAUGGUAG